AUGGACAUGAAACGCAUUGAUCUCGCCACCGGAGCCGUGCGAAAAUUCCGAGAAAGUUCGCAAAACAACCCGCACAGCAGGUACCAUAACAUGCACGACCCUCACAUCCAGACGGACUUCCGGAAAGUGGUGCUCCCUCUAGUUGUCGAGCACUCUGCCAAGUUUGAAUUCCAAUACUGGUAUGGAUGCCUUGAAGUUGUCUUUGAAGGAUAUGAUAGUCUCGCGCAUUGUCAAUUUGCGCUAAAGCAGCUGGCCGACGGAUGGAAGCAUUGCGAAAAAGACGACGUUUCGAGUAUGAACAUAUGGAGGCGUGGUUGCUUGACACGCGCUCUGCAGGCCACCCCCGCGCUUUCAAUACAAGAUGCGGCUAUCGUCCAAGGCGCCAUCAAAGAGCAAGGAGAAUACUGGAUCACUGAAUCAUUGCUACCAGUGGCUCUCAGAAAGAAUGCCGAGGGUAACAUUGCCUUCGCAUUGUCUCUAUGGCGCGUGCUUUCCCCCGAGAGCGCCUCUCUGGCUUCUCCAGAUCGAGCGCUUACCACUCUCGCACCCACCACCAUUCAGGGCAUCAGCCUGUCCAAACCUUUCAAAGACAUGUAUGCACUCGUGGGCUCUCGUGGUCUACCGACGCUGCACGAGACUACCCACUACACUGCGCUCGACUUGGUGGCAUUCGGGAAAUGUCUAGGCGUUCCCGGCGUGCCCGAGGAACUCAAAGAUAGUUUCAAGGACAAAAUUUUGCGCGAAUUCAAAGGGAUGUCGUCUAAGCAUUCAAACCAGGCAGCGAAUCUUCUCAAGGAAAUCAUGAAUCAGUUCGGACCAGGAUUUUCCCCUUGGUUUGUAGACUUGGUCCAAGCCUACAUCCUUCGCGUCGUUGGAGCCGAACCAGAGCAACCACCAAACUGGACGAUGCCCCGACGACUUGGCUGUGGAUGUCUGGAAUGUGAUAGGCUGGACAAAUUUCUUCUUGAUCCGUCACAGAAAUCUGGACGUUUCCCAAGAGCACAGGUCAUUAGAACACACCUUCAGUCGAGGAUUGGAAGAUCCGACGACAGCUUUCAAAUGACGACAAUCACCCAGGGUAGCCCGCACACUCUUGUGAUUGAGAAGAAACACGCGGACUUUACUCGAAAACACACAACCUGGAUGUCAGUGGCAAAUGACACGAAAAAGUUCAUACGCGGACUAGCUUUAGGGUCCGAGCAGGCUCUGCGCACGGUCCUUGGACCAAGUUACGAGAAUCUGGCACACCUUAAGAUCGUCACCUUGCGACGGUCGGAGACCGGAGUUCCGCUCKCGAGGACGUAUGAAGCGCGGAUUGUUUGGUCAUACGAGAAUCGUCCUCCAACACUUGGCAUGUCAUCAUCGUCUGCCGCUGUGAAUAACGGGCCUGCAUCUGUGAUAAACUCGCAGCAAGAGGCUCAGAGCAGCACCGGGGCGAAGAGAAAGGCAUCCGAAGGCGCUGUUGAGAACGUACGGCCCAUCAAGCGACCAGUGGAGAUCAUCGAUCUUUCAGAUGAGCCUUGA